GGUCUUUGACGCUGUGGGGCCCUAACAGCCCUCGUGUUGCCCUACGUUUCCAUGAUGCACGGUGUUGUUGUGGUUUGUGUGUUGUUUUGGACAUAUCGGAGUUUCUGAGUCGUGUUUUGUUUAGUUUUAGUGAUAAAUCUGUACCAUGAUGCCGGGGGUGAACCAGUCAGGAGCCGCAGGAAUCGCCUCAGAAGCUUCUUCUGGCACUUGUCAAAACUGCGCUGUUUUAAAUCAGAGCCUGGAUGAGUAUGUGGCUGCUUUAUUGGCACUGAAACAGAAGAUCAUAGACACAGACCUUCUGUUGUCCGAGUAUAAAGAGAAGUGUGACGAGCUGCAGAAAUCUCAAAGAGAGAGCGCUAAGCUGCACAAAGAGCUGGACGAGGUGCUGCUGAAACUCGGCCCAUUACAAAGGCAGACCACCGAGUUCGAGGCAGUCAGAGCUGAGCUCCAGGAAACCAAGGCUGCCUUGAGAGAGUUUCAGGAGAAAUCUGAGGCAGUUGACCGUUUGAGAGAAGAGAACAUUGAGGCACUCGCUACGAACUCGAAGCUUGAGGAAGCUGUCAAGAAGUCAGAAGAUGCAGCACACACACUCGCUGUAGAAAAUACUAGGCUGAAGUCGGAGAAGCAAAUGUUAGAAAGUGACCUGCAGAGAACUCAGGAGUCUCUGAGGCUGACUGAACAGAUAGUGGAGGAGGUGGAGAACCUGAAGCUGCAGAAUGCUAAGGCACUUAUUCUAAAAAGCAAUCUUGAAAAUCAGCUGUUGGCACUUGAAGACACGAACCUCAAGCAAUCUCACAUGGUCCGAGACCUGAAGAGCAAAAACUGUCACCUCGAAAAAAGCAUGAGAUUAACAGAGGAAAAACUUGUAACUUUGGAAAAAGAGUUAAACAAAGAGACGAGAUGUUCGUCUACACAAACUGAGGACCAGCCCAAAGUUAACAAAGCUAAAAUCUGGAGCCUUCUUCAGGACGUGUGGCACUGUGUGGACCCUCAGUCUAAGACCCCAGGACAUUUGGACUUAAACGACAAUCAGCACUUAAUGUUCAGACCUUCAGGAUCUCCUCCGUGUUCCUUUAGAAAUUCUGUGCCUCAGUCAACCGCCUCGAGUCCAAAAGGAGCCGAAGCGUCUCCGGAAGAAAGCGGACCCGAGUCUCCGUUAGCAGAUAGGUGCAGUCCAGGUGAAGGGGAGAAGAUAAAGAACAUGGGCAGGAAGAAGAAAAGAAGUUUGGAGUCUGUGGAUGGAGAUAAAAGCAGUUUGAAGGCCGAUGAAGUCGGUGAUUUGUCACUAAAUAAAGACGAUCACGUGUUAGAGGAAGGAAACGGCAGUAAGACCCUUGACAUUUGGGAGUUCCUCAGUCUCUCUUGUCCUUUACCUGCUGCUCUGUCUCCACUGCCUCCUGAUGACUUGGCCGAGAUGGAGAUCGACUCGAGUCAGAAAGAAGGUUCAAUUUCAGACGCUGAAGAUGGCAAAAAAUCACAGUCCACAGAGCCAAAACCUUCGGAAGAUAGCGUAGAAGUUUCACCUGUGUGUUUGUCUCCAGGUAAACAACAGAGUAUGGAACCAUCAUCAGUCUCUCCUGAUACUGAGAACAUGAGCCCUCAGAACGUUCUGACAGAGAGCCAAGAGAUGCAAGAAGAAAACAUGUGCAAGAACUCUGAAGCUUCUACACUCGCAACAGCAGGUUCACAUCCCGAAACCGAGGAGGAGCAGGUUAACGUGAUCACAGCAGAAUCUCGGCUGAACACCGAGGAAGAACGUACAAAUCAGGUUAUCACUAAACAGCAGUGUAAUGCAGACGGUGAAGAACCCAACGCAUGCUGUAACGACAGAGAAGAUUCUUCACAGCAGGUAAACAUCUCUGAGACGUGCUCGACAGGCUGCGGUGCAGGAGACGGUGAAUCCUGUAGUAAGAUGAACGGCGUUACAUCUGAUGAGUCCUCAGACGACGAGGAGUUCUUGGGUCUGAAGAGGAAAGUCAGAGGGAUCGGCUCGAGACCAGCAGAUGCAGACGACGUCACUACGAACAAAAAGCAAGAAUCUGUAGUUCAUGUUGAAGGAACAAACUGUGAACCCAAAGAAGAUCAUCUUCAACCAGAGAAUGAGAAAGAUGAUGGAUCUUUACAAGACAAUAACAUUCCUAUAAAUAUGUGCAAACCUGUAGCUCUCGAAGACGACGCGGAGUUGGACGCCGAGCGAGAGACGGGACUGAGAAGGAAUAUCCAUGAAUCUGAGGACAACAACUCUUUACCGAUUCUUGAUGAACACAGCGAGCAAGAAGAACGCGUACUUUCUGAAUCUUUUAGCCCCCACAUUGAAAAGAUGGAUGGAGGACUGAAAGAAGAAGAUGGUGCUGUAUCUAAAGACCCAAGUGAUAAAUCUCAAUAUGUUUGUCCUGCAUCUUCAAUAAAUACCCCUGAACUGUCUGGUCUGAAUCUGCCUCUCACAGUUGUGGCCUUCAGAAAUGCACUUACCUCAACUCAAUCUCCAGAAUCUAUUGGUAAGGUUCUUACAGAGAUGGGUCCUCCUCUACCUCCAGUGGUUUUACCGCUAACUGCAACUCCUCCCAAAUUUAAGAAGCACCUUACUCCAAAUAGACCCACCAUCCAGUUGCCUACCUGGGCAUCAACAGAAGGGCCGUUUUCUCUCAAGCAACAUUCUAACGUACCAUCUCCAGAUCCUGGCCUUCAAGAUGAAGUAAAGGCAUCACUUUCUCUAACUACCCCUUCACCAUCACAAGCAGUUCCUUCUUCCCCUUUGCAGUUUGGAUCAGAAACUCCCAAGCAUGCACUUCCUGUCCCAGGUAGACUGCCCUCGUCUGCGUUAAACUCCCCGUCCUCUUCUGCGUCGCAGGAGAACUCCAUGCAGAUCCUGGACACCAUGUAUCCUGAGCUUUCAGCCCAAGCGAGGACUCUAAGUAUUCUACGGGGGAAUGUCAACCUUGGAAGGGCUGCGAAUGAAAGCGAAGCUUCUCCACCUGCUGUGAAUCCAAUCUCAGGGAAUAAAACCAUCAACUCGUCGUCUACGGCUUUCACCAAGACGGAACAGAAAGCAAAAAGAAUCGGUGCAAAUGUUUUACUACCCAAAAGUGCCAAAAGGCUGAGACUUGAUACGUGUUCACCUGAUCCUGUAAGUCUCAGUCCUCCAGUUAGAGACGCUGACCAGAGUAACGGUGUGACGUCGCCAACGUCCUGUCCGUCUACUGGGCCAUCGAGCAACAGUCAAACAGCAAGGACACAAAGUGAACCUGUAAACAGUGUCACUGACACACAGUCCCGCAUCGCCGGGGCCUUCGAAAAGCUCCGUAACCUUAGUUUUGACGUGUUGCCUGUAAUCCGGAGUCACGUGUUUGUUGGGAGGAUAUCUGACGUUCCCGUCCUAAGGGACGAAGAAAAAUGCGUCAUUUCUGAUUUUUGUCUGAAUCGGUCCGCAGCAGAGGAGUUUAUGUUGGCCAUUUUGUCAAAGGUCAAGGUGGAGAGGGCUGUAAUGAAACACGACGUCCUGCAGUCUCUGUGUAGGGUUUACGUCGGCUUGUGUCGAUGGACAGGAGACUGUCAGAAAGCGCAUGCUCUCGCCUACAGUCUACUAAAAGAAGACUUCCCUGAAGCCUCCAAGCUGGUGUUAUUCAUGGUGACGACAUGGCCGACCGUUCUGUCCCACGACAGCUUCUUGGGCCGAGCCAUUAACGUAGUGAGCAAGCUGAAGGCAGAUGGGGAGAUACUAGACUACCUCAGCAAGUAUCUGCACUGGGAGGAGAGACCUCCAGGUGACAUCCACGAUAUGAUCACCACCAUACUGAAGGCUUUUCACGAGGAUGACACUCUGACGUUCCAGACUCACGAUCGUCAUGGUUACGACCUCUGCCCUGCCGCCUGGGAUUACGUCUGCAGCCUGGACCUACUGUGUGCACAUCUGGGCUGGAAAUGGACCCAUGACAAUAUUAUAGGGAAAGAGCUUUGGCCGGUCCUGAACGCCUGGGUGACACAACCGAGACCUCAGCAAACACCAGUGCGAGAUAUUUGUGUCGCAGCCGUCUUAAGGCUGAUCGGACGACUUGGGCAACUGGGGCUGAAGGAGAAACUGUGUGUGUCAGUGCAAAAUGUUGCAAAAGCCAUAAACCUGUUUGGGAAACAUGGAAUAUCAGAAGGCGUGCCGUGGGAGGUGCAGCUCUCCGCAGUCUACGCCAUUUACGAUCUGGCGCCCAGUAACCCCAAAGACGCUCUGGAGGCUCUGGCGUCGUGGCGAGGAGAGAUCACACGAGCGGUUCCACCAGCCGUCACCAGCUGCAUCACACAGAUCGGCUCCAUAUGUCGUCAGAUCAGAGCUUAGGAUCGAAACGCCUACAGCAUUACCUGUAUUUUUAUUUGCACUUUCGUCUUUUUUCACGUCUCUGUUCAUGUCAAAAAUCCGAGUACUGUUGACUUCAUGUAGCGUCAUUAAUGGUGCUUAAUCCUGUACAUUCUGUAUCUAGACCUGUUAAAGAAAGAAAGAAUAUUAUCUUUGAAUAUGAAUUUAAAUAAUAUAUUGGACUGUGUUUUGUUUUUGCUGUAAAUUGACACUUAAAAAAAUAUUUUCUACUUAAAAGCACUUCUUAUAAAUA